UGCUCAAUAUCCGGAAGGAAUCGUUGGCAUUGCCGGUGUUUGGGUGGAAUUAUCGGUGAGCGAUUGUGUGGGAAAUCAUCCGUGGCCGACGCUGACGAUCGUGUGGUUCGUGGCCCCUAACUCUGCAGCAUCAUGAAAUCGAAACGGAACCGUGUCAGCUCGGAAAAGUUGUUCCAAAGAAAAGAACCCGGAGCGGUACGCAAACCCAACCCUUUUGAGACGCAGGUACUGAAGGCAAAGUUCACCGUCCUGAACCGGGACCCACAAUCGCGGCAAUCGAUACGUGCCAGCGUAAAGCCGGGUGCCCUCCGUUCCCGGGCCAUCGAAACUCGCAAGCGAACGCUGGGGAAAGAGUUUGCGGCGCAGCACAAAACGAACCGCUUCGUCGAUGCACGCAAGGACGGGAAGAACUUUCGCCAGCAGCAGCAGCAGUCGAACGCGUCGCGGCGCAAGGAAAUGUACAACCUGAGCCUAACGCAUCGCGGCCAAACGCUGGAGGAGCUCGAGCGUUUCGAUGAUCCGGUGGAUAACGAUGACGACGAUGAUGGCGACGGCGACGACGGCGGGUUGCUCGAUGAUGCCUUUACGAGUGCGGCUCACUUCGGCGGAGGGUCCGAUGAAGAGGAUGACCCGGAUCGGAAGGAUCGCAAAACGGUCAUCGAGGAGAUGAUUGCGAACGCGAAGCGCCUGAAGGCGGACAAGCAGCGCGAAAACGACGAAGUGUACGAAAUGAUGCAGAAGCUGGACAGCAACUUGAAGAUGCUGAUGCCACAGGUCGGUGAGCACCUGCGUAAGGACAGCGAUCGGCCAAAGUUGGACGACUACGAUCGGGUAAUGCGCGAGAUGAUCUUCGAACGCCGUGGCGCACCGGCCGAGAAGCUAAAGUCGGAGGAACAGGCUCGUACGGAACAGGAGAAACGAGAGACUCUCGAGCGCGAACGGCAGGAACGGAUGAAGAUUGAGGCGGAACAGGGACCGAACGUGACGCAGAAGCAUCGCUCGGCCGAUGCACUGGACGAUGGGUGUUACGCAGUGGAAGAACCGGACCUGCCGGACAACGAUAUCGAAGCGCACGAUGCGGGAACGCUGUACGAUGCCAGCAAUAUUUCCAAAGAGGCCAAGAACGACGACGCCGAUGAUGUAGACGAUGAACCUACAGACCAGGAGACGGACGAUGAUUCGAGCGGGGACGACGAGGAUAACCUAUCGGACCUGCAAAACGGUGGGCAGUCAUCGGAGAGCAGCGACGAAGGGGAACCAGAACAGCCGAGCAUACCUGCCACGCGACCAGUUGAGUCCAGUCCCAGGGAAACCGCUCCGCAGGCACGAAAAUUCGAGAUUCCUCAAUUUCUUGAGUUCCCCAAACAGUACGAAGAGUUCGUUGAGCUGCUGGCGAACCGAAGCGUUGAGCACGGGGCGGCCAUCGUGGGAAAGCUGGUGGAAAAGUGCAAUCAAAACCAUCCCACCAGCAAGGCGAACCGACGUCUACUGUUUGUGUAUCUGCUCCAGCAGCUAACGGACCGUUUCCGGGUGGCAAAAGAACCGUCGUUGGCAAACGAUUUCAAAGCCGUACACCUGCUGACACCGCAUCUGUACGAUCUGGCGGUCAAGGAUCCAAUCGACACGGGCCACAUCUUCCUCGAGGUGAUUCAAGAGAAGCAUGAAGAGUAUCGGACAAGCCCCCGGCGAUACCCCGCACUGUCCACGCUGGUCAUGCUCAAGCUGGUGCCGCUGCUGUAUUCCGCUUCCGACGCGCGGCACACGAUCGUGACGCCGGUGCUGGUGUUUGUGAGCGAGAUACUGACGCGCUGCUACGUGAGAAAUCGACGCGAUCUCACCCGCGGCCUGUUCCUGGUGACCGUGGUGCUCGAGUGUGUGGAACAAUCGAAACGCUUCCUGUCGGCCGCGCACGACUUCUUGAACAACGUUUUGCUUCUUGCGCGUCCGGAACGUGAGCCGCAGGCGCAAAAGAGGAGCACGUUUAGAGUGGCCCCACAUUCGCUUGCCUUCGCGAGCGUAAGUCGCAGCGACCGCAACGGGGCGGGCGGUCAACUCUUGGCCGAAGAUUUUAUGCACACCGAAAUAACGGAAGAGUUUAAAGCUCGCGCGGUGGCGAGCACGGUCGGGAUGAUUUCGGCCAUCUGCACCCAGCUGGACCAGUGUGUGGCCAUACAAACCAUAGCGGGACACUUCAAGCCACACCUGGAGACGCUCUCGAGGGUUAGCGCUGCUCCGGAAGUGGUCAAGAAUGCCGUCCACACGGCGCUCAAGAAGGUGACCGGGUUGGUGCUUCGACCGUGCCAGUACCUCGUGCAGGCGGAGAAGAAACCGAAAGUGUUGCGCUUGCUCGAACCGAAAAUCGCGCCCGUCUACGACGAUAUUCGGCGACGCCCGAAGACGAACGCUUCGGUGCGGGAGCAGCGGAAGAAAAUGCAGCAAAAAGUAAAACGGGCAUCACGAAGCGCGGCCCGCGAACUGCGGCUGGAUAACGAGUACAUCUCGAAGCUGCAGAUGAAGCGGCGCAUGGAGAGCGAUCGGGAGCGCAAGGAGAAGGUGAGACGCAUCUUCGGCGACGCCACCCGGCAGCAGGGCGAGUUGAAGUCGAUGGACCGCAAAGCAAAGUACCGGAAAUAGUUAA